GCCGCCAGCAACCCGCCUUCCAAACGAGCAAUUGCCCCGGACAGGAAACCCCCGACCCUCUCAUAAACUACCGAUUUCCUCCUCCCGGUUCUCCUCUUCUCUCUUCCUCCAUGCAUCCACCGUUACCCACUGUCUUUUACGACUCGUCUCCCACGACAUUGGGAAUUUAUACCAUUCUUUGCGGACUAUUCCUAUACACAGCUAGCAAGAUGUUCGGCUUCUCGCGCAACCGCUUCGUCGUUGAGGGCAGGACCAUCGUCGUUACGGGAGGCUCUGAGGGCUUGGGCAAGUCUGUUGCAUGCCAACUCGCCGAGAAGGGUGCCAACAUUGUGCUCGUUGCACGUACUACCUCGAGACUCCAAGAGGCCGUCGAGGCCGUCAAGGGAUCGGCAAACUAUGUCGACAGACAACGAUUCCACUACAUUAGUGCAGACCUGACCGAGGCUGCCGAGUGUGAGCGUGUCAUGGCAGAAGCCACUGAGUGGAACGACGGAAAUUCUCCCGAUAUUGUGUGGUGCUGUGCAGGAUACUGUCAUCCUGGCUUCUUCGCCGAAACAUCCGUGCAGACGAUGCGAGACCAGAUGGACACGGUCUACUGGACAGCUGCCAACACAGCCCACGCGAUCUUGAAGCGGUGGCUUGCACCUAUCAGCCCCAGCCAACAGAGGCCGACGCCAACGAGGCACCUCAUUUUCACUUGUUCCACCCUCGCAUUUGUGCCUAUUGCCGGCUAUGCACCUUACUCACCUGCCAAGGCUGCGAUCCGUUCGUUGUCUGAUACACUCAGCCAGGAGCUUGAGAUGUACAAUGGCUCUCGCUCGUCCAAGAAUCGACACGAGACUCCAGCUGCCAAUGUCAAGGUGCACACGGUCUUCCCGAUGGGCAUCCUCAGUCCGGGUUUCGACAACGAACAGAAGAUGAAGCCCGAGCUCACCAAGAAGCUGGAGGCUGCCGACAAGCCCCAGGCCCCGAGAGAGGUUGCAAACAUUGCGAUCAAGGCUCUUGAGAGGGGUGAGUACAUGAUCACUACCAUGUUCGUCGGCGACGUGAUGAAGGGGGCAGCCCUUGGCCCCAGCCAACGGAAUUCCUUCAUCCGCGAUACCUUCCUCGGUUGGUUCAGUAACUUGGCCUUCAUCCAUGUGAGCCCUGAUCUUCGAAGGCAGGCCUGGUACUGGGGGGUGAAGAACGGCAUCCCAUCCCGCCCGAUCCAGAAGUCGAAGUAAAUGUGGUCUUGUUAUGCUUUGUGUCUUGUCUGGUGCAUGGCUUAGAUACCCUGAGCGUCCCUUGUUCAUUCUUAUGGCCAUUCUUAUGUUUGUCCUUCAGCCUCAUGUACGUGUACGAAAGCUUUAUUAAUUAGAUUGCUUCC